AUGUCAUACAAGCGGGUCGCGUUCAGAGUUCAUGGCACUGUACAAGGUGUCGGUUUCCGUGACUUUACUCAGAAAUGUGCUACGGGAUAUGGAUUAAUGGGCUGGGCCCGCAACACUACUUGUGGACGGGUCGAAGGCGAAGUCCAGGGUGACGAGGAGACUAUCAAGAAAUUUAUGCAGCAGAUUGACAAAGGUCCUCGCAUGGCUCAUGUUGUCAAGCUGGAGAAGCGCGAGACAGAUGUCGUCAAGGGGGAAGCUGAUUUCUCGGUAUUCAGGACCGCAGAGUCUAGAUAUGAUGCGGAGGCUUGA